AAAACUUUCCUCUUUCUUCGCAUUCUUCUCCUUCUAUCGGACUUUGCCACACCAGAUCGGAGAAUCUCAAUCCUCUUUUCACUUUUUUUUGGCUUCUUCAAUCAAAUCUCUCCGACAGAUUCAAUGAAGCAGUAAGAGGUAAAACCUUAAAAGAAAAAAAAACAAUCAGGACUUCUUCGGAGCCGGAGUUUUGUCUGAUCUGUCGGAGAGGACGUGUCGGCAUCUUUGUCUCGCUCUAUAAAAAUCCUAGCUGGACUUCCACAUCACUAACUCAAUUAGAGAAGCUGUUUUGAGUAAGUAGUAAGUAAGCUUAUACACAAUGGGAACGAGCGAAGACAAGAUGCCAUUUAAGCCUACCAAACCAACAUCUUCGGCUCAGGAAGUUCCUCCCACACCGUAUCCAGAUUGGUCAAAUUCAAUGCAGGCUUAUUAUGGCGGAGGAGGUACGCCAAAUCCUUUUUUCCCAUCCCCAGUUGGAUCUCCUAGUCCCCACGCUUAUAUGUGGGGCGCUCAACACCAUAUGAUGCCGCCUUAUGGGACCCCAGUACCGUACCCAGCAAUGUAUCCCCCGGGAGCAGUCUAUUCUCAUCCUAGCAUGCCCAUGCCUCCUAAUUCUGGUCCAACCAACAAGGAGACUGUGAAGGACCAAGCUUCUGGCAAGAAGUCAAAGGGGAGCUCGAAAAAAAAGGGUGAAGGAGGUGACAAAGCGCUCUCUGGUUCAGGGAACGAUGGUGUCUCUCAUAGUGAUGACAGUGUCACAGCGGGUUCAUCUGAUGAAAAUGAUGACAAUGCCAAUCAACAGGAACAAGGUUCAGUUAGAAAGCCGAGCUUUGGACAGAUGCUUGCGGACGCAAGUUCUCAAAGUACUACUGGUGAAAUCCAAGGUUCGGUGCCCAUGAAGCCGGUAGCCCCGGGGACUAAUCUGAAUAUCGGGAUGGACUUAUGGUCUUCCCAAGCUGGUGUACCUGUGAAGGAUGAACGAGAGCUCAAGAGGCAGAAGAGGAAACAGUCUAACCGUGAAUCUGCUAGGCGGUCUAGAUUGCGGAAGCAGGCGGAAUGCGAACAACUUCAACAGAGAGUAGAGAGUUUGUCGAACGAGAAUCAAAGCCUGAGAGAUGAGCUACAAAGACUCUCAAGCGAAUGUGAAAAGCUCAAGUCUGAGAACAACUCAAUCCAGGAUGAGUUGCAGAGAGUGCUUGGAGCAGAGGCUGUAGCUAAUCUAGAGCAGAAUGCUGCUGACGGUGAAGGAAAAAAUUAACACGUAGGAAACAUGGAAUUUUAUAACGGAUUAUUGGGAUUUUUCAACACCGGAUAAAAAAAACUUAGUCCAAAGUUAUUUGAGAUUACAUAACUAUACAAUCGUUUGACAUUUUUGUGUAAUAGAGAUUUGACCUAUAAGACUGUAGAAGCUGCAAAAGCUACGAUUACACUUUGUUUUAUUAGUCUUCGUGAUUGGAAUCGGAUUCUGAAUCCGAGUUUGUUUCUGCUU